CUCUUGGCUUACAGUACUCCAGCCAAUUAGAAUCGAAGGAGACAAUGUUGCUGCUAAAAUGCUCAGCCAAUCAAGUUUAAAGCGUCCUGUAUAAAAGUGGUGUUUUGGGAGGUGCUGAUCAGUGUGCUCUCAACAGUCACAAUGGCAACAUUUACCGAAAUGGCGCAGAGUAUCCUUCUGGUAGUAGUAGUGCCUACCUUGGCAUACGCUUCAUUUCUUCCCAACGACGCCUUCGAUGAUAGGGGUAACUUCAAUCCUACCAUACCUAACCCAUUGCCUUCAACGCCUCUCGGCCCCUUGCCUUCAUCUCCAGCAGUACUUGCUCCGCAACAAAUACCCAUACAAGAUUUAUUCCCACAAGAACCAGCUAGGAACGUAUUCCUGCAAUAUAGACCACCAGUCCAACUAACUCUACAGCCACAGUUAACCCACAACCAACAAUUCAUCCCUGCACAAGUGGAAUUCCCCCAGCAACAAAUACCUGUACAACAAACUUUUCCACAAUUACCUGUGCAAACAUUCGUAGAAAGACGUACAGAACAGCCUACGCAAAUCGCUUCUAGCCUACAGACUAGUCACAUUCCACCUUCACGAUGCAACCCUAUUGCCAAACCUCUGGUUGACGAAAUUGAAGAUGGUCGGGCAUACCACUUCUCCUGGUGCCACGAUGGUGGACUUACUUACACUUGGAAACAGGCUGUUAACUACUGUGCUGCCCUUGGGAAUGGCUUCCAAGCAAUCAGUAUAGAAAGUGGACGAGAACAGAGCUUCGUAUCGAGGUUUCUACUUGACUACAACGUAGCUACUUGUUGGACUAGCGGCAGCAAGUUUUCUACCUACUGGCAAUGGUUAUCUAGAAUCUCUUCUUCGUACACAAACUGGUCUGUUACUGGCAGACGUGGUCUUCCUCAACCAGACAAUGACGAAGGCAACGAGCAGUGUCUUGCUGUACUGAACAAUCGUUACAACGACGGUGUUACUUGGCAUGAUUCAAAUUGUUUAUCUCCAAGACCAGUUAUUUGCGAGACAGCAGUGUUUUAUAAUUAAACUUUACUCUGUAAUACUAAUUAAUCUAACUUCCUGGCUAUAUUAAAUGAUAAAUCUUC